AGAGAGAGAGAGAGAGAGAGAGAGACGGAGCAAGGGCACCCACACGGUUCUCCUCCUCCUCCACUCGCAGACGGAGCAUCGAGAGCGUCGCAUGGUUCGUGGAAACUUUGCUGUGAGAGUUUGGAUUUAUUGGAUCCGCCUCCAGGAAGGCUCGGCGCCUGGAAGCAGCCUGUCUCUGUCUCUGUCUCUGUGCGCUUUGCUGUUGGAUCUCGGGUUGAGACGUUUAGGAUUUGCUCCCUUCCUGCCGGCAGACCUCAUCUACUGCAGGAGAGACGGAUAAAGAAAGAGGGGUAAGGAAGAAGAAGAAGAAGAAGAAGAAGGGGGGAAAAAAACCCUUCCUCGAGUCGGAAUCAAGGAUUGUGUGGAUUAAUGAAUUUCUGUAACGGGGUGAGCGUCGGGAUGAUUUGAUCCAGGCUUUAAUUAGGCCGCGGUGUUUGUUAUUUUAAUUAAAUCCAGUGCGCGUAAAGACACUGACUAUGUGCUGACAGUCGGCACAGUCUGGUUUUUGGGUCUCUCCGGGCUUCAGCCGUGUCUGAACCGUUUGAUUGACACCAGGCGCUCGGGGGUGAUGGUUUUUCUCCCUCGCCGACUCUCUGUGAGCCUCGGCUGAUUUGCGGUGAUCCAGACUGUGCGGGAUUCGGAUACAGACUCUGGCGUAUGCUCCAGACUUCCUCUCCUUUUCCAGCUCCCAGUUUCUCCGCCGUCUCGUCUCCGGCUGCUUAUCGUCGUCGCCUGGACUCGGAUCCCGGAAUCUUCAUGAUUUGCGGACACCAUGCUCGUUUUUUAGCCGGGGAACCCUCUUUUCGUCCCGCAUGUUUAGGACCAAACGAUCGGGGCUCGUCCGGCGACUCUGGAGGAGCCGUGCGCCCGUGGAGGGCGACGGAGAGGCGGAUAGAGGGACGCAUGGCUCCGGGGGCUGCUGCAUGGGCAAAACCACAAAGGUGGCCAAGUCCAACGCCGGAUCGGAGGCUGAAUUGAAGGCGCUGACCCACUCGAUCCUGAAAAAGAUCAAAGAGAAACAGUUAGAGGUGCUUUUGCAGGCGGUGGAGUCCAAGGGGGGCGCGCGGAGCCCGUGCCUGCUCCUGCCCAGCAAAGUGGACGCCAAAGUGGGUCAGCAGUCUUACUCUCUCCCCAUGCUGCUCUACAAAGUGUUCAGGUGGCCGGACCUCAGGCAUUCCUCGGAGCUGAAGAGGCUGUUUUGCUGUGAAUCUUACGGGAAAACCAACCCCGAGCUCGUUUGCUGCAACCCGCACCACAUGAGCAGACUCUGCGAACUCGAGUCACCUCCUCCUCCAUACUCCCGCUAUCCCGUGGACUAUCUUAAACCACCAGAUUCUCCAGACUCUGGACCUUCAUCCGGUGACACUGGGGGAACCACAUACUCGGCCCCUGUGGGGCUUUCAGAUUCUCUGGCUUUGCAGGAGUCCGACGAGCGGGCCCAUUGGUGCGUGGUGGCAUACUGGGAGGAGAAGACGCGGGUUGGGCGCCUCUACUCAGUCCAGGAGCCUUCCUUGGACAUCUUCUAUGAUCUACCUCAGGGGAACGGCUUCUGCCUGAGCCAGCUUUGCUCCGACAACAAGUCCCAGCUGGUGCAGAUGGUGCGGGCCAAAAUCGGGUAUGGCAUCCAGCUGACGCGAGAGCCAGAUGGAGUGUGGGUCUACAACCGAAGCUGCUACCCCAUCUUCAUCAAGUCAGCCACACUGGACAACCCGGACUCGCGCUCGCUGCUGGUGCACAAGGUGUUCCCCGGGUUCUCCAUCAAAGCUUUUGACUAUGACAAGGCCUGCAGCCUGCAGAGGCCGAACGACCACGAGUUCACGCAGCAGCCUCGCACGGGCUUCACGGUCCAGAUAAGUUUUGUGAAAGGAUGGGGACAGUGCUACACCAGACAGUUCAUCAGCAGCUGCCCAUGCUGGUUGGAAGUCAUUUUCAACACUCGGUAGCAGCAGGCUUCCUCCUUCUUCAGCCCUCCCCCCCAACCCCACCCGCCCACAGACUCCACCCACUUUUUUUGUUCCAAACAUUCACAAAAAAUGUUUUAAAAGAAGAAAGUUGAAAAUUCUGACGGACAUUGUUUAAUAAAUGGCUAAGAUUUAAUUAAAUGAAAUAAGAAGCAAAAAAAUGUAUUUUAUGUUAUAUAUAAAUAUAUUAUUAAUUGUAAAUAUGAAGACGUUUUAUAUGCAUCAUUAUUUAUGUAUUGUGCAAUGUGUUGAUGAGAAAAAGAAAAAUAAGAUGCACUUUGCUUAAUAUAAAUGCAAAAGAACGAAAUGCCAAAAUAA